UAUUGGACAUCAGACGUCAGACAUUGGACAUCAGACGUCGCACAUCGGACAUCAGACUUCGGAUAUCAGACACUGGACAUCGGACGUCGGAUAUCAGACAUCAGAUAUCUGAUAUCAUUCAUAAGAAGUCGGACAUCAGACAUCGGACAUGGAAUAUCGGACACCGGACUUCGAACAUCAGACGUCGAACAUCAGACAUUGGUCAUCAGACGUUUGACAUCGGACAUCAGACGUCAGACAACAGACGUCGUACAUGGAAUAUCGGACAUCAGACUUCAGACAUCAGACGUCGGACAUCAGACAUAAGAUAUCGGUAAUCAGACGUCGGACAUCAGACAUCAGGCAUCAGGUAUCAUCAUCAGACGUCAAACAUUGGACAUCAGACGUCAAACAUCGGACAUCGGAAUCAGACAUCAGACAUCCGACAUCUGACAUGACAUCGUACGUCUGA